AUGGCUUCCGAUAUUUUGGAUAAUUCGAGCGACUCUCCCGACGAGUCAAACGAUAGCUCUAUGGAAUUCUUUGUUAACGCGUUACACUUUCUUGAAGAUACGACAACUUCUAGUGCUCCUCAAACUCGACGGUAUACGGACCGGCAUCGGGAAAUUGGUCUUGAUACUCUUUUGAACGAUUGGUUCGUUCAACAACCAAAAUACGAAGACGAUUACUUUCGAAAGAAGUUUCGAAUGGACAAGACCAUGUUUUUAGAUAUCGUGCGUGACAUUGAAGCAAACUUCCCGUAUUUCCAAGAACGUUACGAUGCAAGAGGAAGAAAAAGUUUUACGGCGAUACAAAAAUGCACAUCCGCCGUUAGGCAACUCACGACGGGUAACGCACCAGACGAGUAUGACGAGUAUUUGUGCAUGGCAGCCAGAACCGCACGAGAGACCCUUGAUUAUUUUUGUGACGCCAUCAUUCGGUUGUAUAGCCGAGAGUACCUACGCAGGCCGACGUCACACGACGUUGCACGCAUCUUCGAGGCCCACGAGCUUCGUCAUCAUAUGCCUGGGAUGCUUGGUAGCAUCGAUUGCACACAUGUCGAGUGGUCGGCAUGUCCUAGACGUUUGAGAGGGCAAUACACAAGGGGUGACCACAACGGUCCAACUAUUAUGCUUGAAAUCACCGCGUCACAUGAUUUGUGGAUUUGGCAUGCUUUUUUCGGUGUCCCGGGGUCGAACAACGACAUCAACGUGUUGAACCAAUCCGAUUUGUAUGUCACAGCGCGUAACGGAACGGCUCCGGAUUCUUCAUUCCACGUGAAUGGGCGAGAUUAUAAACGUGGCUACUAUCUUAGUGAUGGGAUCUAA